GGCAACACUGCAUAUAUACAUAGGAGGGAUGCCGGAUGGGUACUUAUCAUAGAAGAAAAAAAAGCUCUCUAUUCAGAUCAGCAAAAUAAUCUAAAGAAAACGAUUAAUAACAUCUGGUAAUAAGAAACAAAUGGCAUGAAAAAGUUUUUUUCUCUCGCACUUGCGCAUUUAUUUUUUACAAAUAUCUUAGAAUUUAAUUAAUACUUUGCUGAUAAACGUUUAGAAUUGAUAUUGUGCAUAUCCUAUUACAUGAAUUCUCUUAUUGGAAAACGUUCCUUUCUAAACAGUUAUUGUGUUGCCAAUCCAUAAAGAUGUUACAAAGGAUAAAUAAUUUACUACAAGUCACCACUUAUGGGCACAAAGUCAGCAGCAGGUACUUAAAUUUUGUCCCUAUUGUAGUGGAACAAAGUGGACGUGGAGAACGUGCAUAUGACAUUUAUUCACGACUUCUGAAGGAAAGGAUUAUUUGUCUCAUGGGUCCAGUUACAGAUGUUGUAGCUUCUGCAGUAAUUGCUCAACUUCUUUUUCUUCAAUCGGAAAGCAGUAAAAAUCCGAUUCAUUUAUAUAUUAAUUCACCUGGUGGAAGUGUAACAGCAGGACUCGGAAUAUAUGAUACUAUGCAAUAUGUUCUACCUCCCAUUUCCACAUGGUGCGUGGGUCAAGCAUCUUCUAUGGCAAGUUUACUUUUAGCAGCUGGAACUAAAGGCAUGCGUCAUUCUUUACCAAAUGCCAGAAUCAUGAUACAUCAACCAUCAGGAGGUGUACAAGGACAAGCUACAGACAUCCAGAUACAAGCCACUGAAAUUCUUAAAUUGAAACAACAGAUCAAUGAACUAUAUGUCAAGCACACUGGACAGAAUUUAGAAGAAAUAGCACGAAGUAUGGAAAGAGAUAAUUUUAUGAGCCCAAUCCAAGCAAAAGAGUUUGGAAUUAUAGAUAAAGUAUUGGCCCAUCCCAUGCAAGAGGAAACUACAGAAGCAACGAUAGAGAAAACAGACAAUGUAACGACAAAACCUUAAUACUAUUAGAUAGGAAUGGAUAGGUUGUUUUAUUGUUAUAUUGUAAUAAACACAUUAAAAAGAUGUAUCAUUAUUUAAUAAUAAACUAUGUAUAAAACAAUUAUA